AUGGACGAGCGCGAGCUCACCGAGCUCGCCGGGCGCGUCGAGACGCUAUGUGCGUACUUCGAGUGGGAACUUAAGUGCGACGAGUACCUGCGAACAUUGCGGGAAGAGUGCGCGCGCGGGGGAGGAAGCUCACGAUCGGUAACCGGGCGGAGGUUCGCCGCGGUCGCGAGGAUCGCGCGCCUGGAGGGUGUGAGGAACCGUUUGAGACGACGAUUCGAGUACGUGGAUGCGGGACUCGGCGAGCAGAGUGGACUCUCCUGGACGGAGGUCGAAACGGCGUUCAGGAACCGCGUGCUCACCGGUGCGGUGGUCAACGGUGGAUACAUCGAGCCACGUCGAUUUCUCGAGGAUGCCAGGAACGUGGUGAUCGAGCGCGUGCGCGGUAGCCUCGCUACGCUUAACGGUGUGAAGGUGAACACUGCGUUCAACGCCGAGUUUGUAGCGAGCGAGAAGACGGCGGUGAAGACGAUCGCCACGCGAAACCACGGACUGUUACCCACCUCCGACCUUCGCGAGUGGUACGACAAGCGCGUGAUGGAGAUCACUCUGGCGCCUCUCGACGAAUUCCAAGAGCGGGACAGUGGGUGGGCGUUGUCCAAGAUACUAAACCUAACGGUAAACGUGAACAGAUCAACGGACAACGCGUGCUUCGUGCGGGCGGUGGUCGCCGCUCUUUAUCCCUGCGCCAAACAUGCAGAAAGGGUGGCGCAAUAUCCCGAUUACGCUGCUGUGCUAGAUGUGACUGGUAGAGACUUUCCCAUGACCCUCGACCAGAUGGGCAGGUUCGAGCGCAAUAACGGAAUAUCAAUAAACGUAUUCGCCGAGGAUGACGAUAACAGGCGAGGGGCCAUCGUUCCGCUGCGGUUAACCGACCACAAGCGGAACAAAUACGUCAACCUGCUGUACGAGCCCGACAGCCGCGCGGAGCAGCCGGGACACUUCGCGUGGAUCAAGGAUCUAUCGCGCCUGGUUAGCGCCCAAUGCAACAGGAAGCAGCACCGGAAGUACAUCUGCGAUCAGUGCCUACACUACUUCCCAACCGAGGAGAGGCUGUCCGCUCACACCAUCGACUGCGAGACUAUCAACGACUGCGCGAUAGUCCUGCCCAGCGAGGACGAUAAGCUGCUAGCCUUCCGAAACUACAAGAGGAAGGAGCGCGCACCGUUCGUCGUGUACGUGGAUCUCGAGUGCACGUUGGAAAAGAAUGAGCAGGCGAAGGAUGCGGCGGCGGCUGGCGCGUAUCAACGGCACAGGGCGUUCAGCGUGGGAUAUUACGUGCGUUGCGCGUACGACGAGUCGUUGUCCGCGUACAGAACGCAUCGCUGGAAGGACUGCGUGUCGUGGUUCGUCGGAGAGCUCGGCAAACUGGCGCGGCGCGUCAAGACGAUCCUAGCGUCCAACGUGCCCAUGAGGGACCUCACCCCGGAGCAGUGCGAGGAACUUCGCGAUGCAGCGCGGUGCCACGUGUGCUGUAAACCGUUCGCGGCGGGUGACACCCGGGUGCGCGAUCACUGUCACCUAACCGGCCGCUAUAGAGGCCCGGCGCACUCGACGUGCAACCUAAACUAUAAGGACUCGCACAUUAUCCCCGUGAUAUUCCACAAUCUCUCCGGCUACGAUGCGCACUUCAUCAUCGAGGACGUGGCGAACGCCUUCGAGGGCAGUGUGGAGUUACUGCCGCUGACGAAGGAGCGGUACAUUGCGUUCACGAAGAACGUCGCGAACACCGCGGACAGGUACGGAGCCAGAACGUGCGUGAAACUGCGGUUCAUAAACUCGUACAAGUUUCUCAGCACAAGUCUCGACAAACUAACGUCCUACCUCGACCGGAGCCACAUGCGCAUUCUACGUGCGGAGUUUCGGCAUCUCUCCGAGAAGGAUUUCCAGCUCCUCACGUGGAAAGGCGUAUUUCCUUAUGAGUACGUCGAUAGCGUCAAGAGACUGCAUGAGACUCGCUUACCGCCGCGCGAGUCCUUCCACAGUUUGCUGACCGGCGAUACGGUGUCAGGUGACAACUACGCGCACGCGACAACCGUGUGGAAUAGGUUCGCUAUCGAGAACCUCGGACAGUACAGCGACAUGUACCUAAAAACGGACGUUCUCCUCCUGGCGGAUGUGUUUGAGAAUUUUCGCGACACGUGCAUACGGAGCUACAGCCUGGACCCGGCGCACUACUACACAUUACCGGGCUACACGUGGGACACGAUGCUGCUGCACACGGGCAUCGAGUUCGAGCUGCUGACGGACGUGGAUAUGGGGCUGUUCGUAGAACGCGGCGUGCGCGGUGGGCUAAGUCAAUGCUCGCACAGAUACGCACGAGUCAACAACAGAUACGUGCCGUCAUACGAUCCGUCCGAGCUGUCGUCGUAUCUCAUAUACUACGACGUGAAUAAUCUUUACGGAUGGGCCAUGUGUCAGCCGUUGCCUCGUGGGGAGUUUCGCUGGGUCGAGGACGUCUCGACAUUCAACGUGCACGCGAUCCCCUCGGACUCGCCUACAGGGUACAUCCUCGAGGUCGACCUGGAGUAUCCGCGACAUCUACACGACGCGCACGCGGACCUACCGUUCUGUCCGACGCGCGAGGCACCGCCCGACAAGCGGCAGGAAAAGCUCCUCGCGACUCUGUGCGAUAAGCAGCGGUACGUGAUACACUAUCGCACCUUGCAGCAGUGCACGCGCCGCGGGCUUCGCGUCGCGAGGAUUCACCGCACGCUGGAGUUCGCGCAGUCCGCGUGGCUCCGGGACUACAUCGAGCUGAACACGGCGUUUAGGACACGCGCGACGAACGAUUUCGAGAAGAACCUGUACAAGCUUAUGAACAACGCCGUCUUCGGUAAGACGAUGGAGAACGUUCGCAAUCGCGUCGACGUGAAACUCGUGACGCGCUGGGAGGGGAGAUACGGUGCCGAGGCUCUUAUCUCGCGUCCUAACUUCCACAGCCGAUCCGUUUUCGGGGAGAAUCUCGCCGUGGAGCUACGUAGACUGAAGGCCACGUUCAACCGGCCGAUAUACGUGGGCAUGUGCAUUCUGGACAUCUCGAAGACGCGCCUCUACGAGUUCCACUACGACUACAUGGCCCCGCUGUACGGUGACAAGUGUCGGAUCAUGUACACGGACACGGACAGUCUGAUAUACCGCAUCGAGUGCGAGGACGCGUACGCGGACAUGAGGCGCGACAUCGUGCGCUUCGACACGAGCAACUAUCCGGCGGACAACGCGUACAACAUGCCACAGUGGAACAAGAAGGUACCGGGGCUCAUGAAGGACGAGAACAACGGCGUCGUCAUGACCGAAUUCAUCGGGCUGAGGGCGAAGAUGUACGCGCUGAGGGUGUGCGGAAAGAAGGAUACGAAGAAGAUCAAGGAUGUGUGCAGGAGCGUCGUGGGGCGAACGAUAACGUUCGACGACUACGCGCGCUGUUUGAGCGAAUCAGUGGAGAUGACCCGCCAACAGUCGCGCAUUCAGUCGAAGCUCCAUCGGGUCUACACCAUAGCGGAGACGAAGCUCGCCCUCAGCCCGCACGACGACAAGUGGUACAUCGUACCCGACCGCACCAGCACCCUCCCGUGGGGGCAUUACGCCAUUCCACAGUGA